AUGACCGAUUUACUUUUGAUAGAACAGUUUACUUCAGCUUAUACAUUUCUUAAUGAUCAUCCUGAAAUUAAUUUAUCUAAUGAAAUAAAACUCAAGCUCUAUGGUCAUUAUAAAGUUGUGACAGUAGGCAAAAACGAUACAGCAAAACCAUCUUUAUGGGACCUUAGAGGAAGAGCUAAAUGGGAUGCAUGGAAGGAAGUUGAAAAUAUUCCAGCAGAAACAGCAAUGCAAAUAUAUAUUGAAACUAGUAAAUUAAGUACAGAACAAGAGAGAAUUACUUAUGUUUCUACAAUGUGCUGUGAAGAGGAAGAUGAAGAUAAUAAUGAAGAAGAUGAUAUUUUUUCCUAUACAAAGAAAGGUGAUAUUGCAGAGUUAAGUAAGAUUUUAGACUCAGAUAAAGUAGAUAUAAAUGUUAAAGAUAAUCAGGGAUUGACGCUUUUACAUUGGGCAAGUGACCAAGGUCAUUUAGAAGCUGUAGAGUUAUUAAUUGAAAGGGGUGCGGAUGUAAAUAUAUUGGUUUAUUAUUAG